UUAUACACCACCCACUCACAAAAGCUCAAAUCUUAGCUAUCAAUGCGAAAUCAUUAAUCCUUUUAAGCUAGCUCCGCCGAACCUACCCUCCUCCAUGGCUGCCACCGCCGCCGCCGCAGGCUCCUCCGUUGCCAAGAAAGACAGGAACCAGAGUCUCCUCCUCGGUCGCUACGAGAUCGGGAAGCUCCUCGGCCACGGAACCUUCGCGAAGGUCUACCACGCUAGGAAUGUUAAGACCGGCGACAGCGUGGCUAUCAAGGUUCUCGAUAAGGAGAAGAUACUCAAGGGAGGCCUCGUCGCCCACAUCAAACGCGAAGUCGCGAUCCUCCGCCGUGUUCGCCAUCCUAACAUUGUUCAACUCUUCGAGGUCAUGGCUACUAAAUCCAAGAUCUACUUUGUCAUGGAGUAUGUCCGCGGCGGCGAGCUCUUCAACAAGGUUGCCAAGGGCAGGUUGCGGGAGGACGUUGCGAGGAAGUACUUCCAGCAAUUGAUCUCCGCCGUUGCCUUUUGUCAUGCUAGAGGAGUGUAUCAUCGCGACUUGAAGCCAGAAAACCUGCUUCUCGACGAAAAUGGAAAUUUGAAAGUAUCUGAUUUUGGGUUGAGCGCUGUGUCUGAUCAGAUUAGGCAAGACGGGUUGUUUCAUACCUUUUGUGGAACUCCGGCGUACGUCGCGCCGGAGGUUCUGGCGAGGAAAGGAUAUGACGCCGCCAAAGUAGAUAUCUGGUCUUGUGGGGUGAUUUUGUUUGUUUUGAUGGCGGGGUACUUGCCUUUUAACGAUCGCAAUGUCAUGGCUAUGUAUAAGAAGAUUUACAAGGGGGAAUUCAGGUGUCCCAGAUGGUUUUCUCCGGAGCUAAUUAAGCUUCUUACCCGUCUUCUGGACACCAAUCCAGACACCAGGAUAACAAUUCCUGAAAUCAUGGAGAACAGGUGGUUCAAAAAGGGAUUUAAGCAUAUCAAAUUUUACUUUGAGGAUGAUAAAUUAUGCAAGGUCGAGGACCAGGAGCAGGACGAUGAUACAGAAUCCUGUUCUGAUCAAUCUGCCAUGUCUGAAUCAGAUGCAGAAGUGGAGACUAGAAGGAGGGUUGCUUCAUUACCUAGACCAGCUAGUUUGAACGCUUUUGAUCUUAUAUCCUUUUCCCCUGGAUUUGAUUUAUCUGGUUUGUUUGAGGAAGGAGGGGAAGGAGCAAGGUUUGUUUCAGGUGCGCCGGUUUCUAAGAUCAUAUCAAAAUUGGAGGAGAUUGCAAAGUUGGUGAGCUUUACCGUGAGGAAGAAGGAUUGUAGAGUGAGUUUGGAGGGGUCUAGAGAAGGAGAAAAGGGGCCAUUGACAAUUGCUGCUGAAAUAUUCGAGUUAACACCGUCUUUGGUGGUUGUGGAGGUGAAGAAGAAAGGAGGUGAUCGAGGAGAGUACGAGGAAUUCUGCCAAAGGGAAUUGAAACCUGGAUUGGAGAAUUUGAUGCAGGAGGAAUCGGAAUCCGCAGCUGCGGCUGCUGCUGAACUUCCUGUCGAUGUUUCACAUUUACCUUCAGAUACUGAAUAGAGAGAGGGAGAAAGGAAAAGGGUAUGCCUCUUCCACACUACUCUCUCUGUUUUUCCUCUGCUAAAGCUUUGUAUUAUAGAUAGAAGUUGUUUCCCUUUUUCACUUGUUUCUUCUUCUCUUUGGAACUAUAUUCUUCUAUAUAUUGUAUUGAGAACUGUAAUGCAGAUUACAGAGAAUGGAAUACAAAUUUCUCGAAAUCGUGGCAUUUCUGCUAUUAAUGUUAACUAAUACUGAUGAGUAUAAUUAGUUGAGUUUAUAUGGUUCCAUUUUUAGGAUCAAUCUAGUUUGUUCUGAAACUGUAUGUUGGGUUCUAAAUGUAGGAAAAACAUGCAGAGUUAAAUUUAGACUAAUAUUUCAGAAAGAUUAAAAUACAACGGUCACGUCCUUGUUCUUUUUAGGCAUUAAAUUUCAACUUUUUCUACAAAUGUCUGAUGGCACUAUAGCAGCACUCAGUUGAGAGUUUGUAUUUUUUUGUACAAAAGUGCUGAUUGAGUAAUUUUGCGGAAGUGGUUCAACUUCUACCCCUUUAGAAGCUGAAAACGGCUUUUAAAAAAACCAAAAAUACUUUUUAAAAAAUUUCUCGUUCGGCUCAGUUUCAACUUUUGUAAUAGGGAAGAUCUCUUUAGAAACUAGGUCAAAUCAAACCAAACAUAUGUGAAGAACGUUGGGUUUAGAAAUUUAUUUCUGUUUUUCGUUCCACCCGUUGAAUGGUUGAAGAUCUCUGUGACUGGAGACUGUUAGGUGAACGUAUCUAACUAAAUGAGGUAGAUGAUGAAAGUAGUUCCCUACUUCCCUGAACUAAAUUUGUUACGUUCUUUUCUCUUUCACUUUUUUCUUUUUCCCUGUCCAGGAGAGUUGCGCAUUGCUCAAAUGUAAGCGCACUAACCAGCAACAAUAAAUAUUCCUCAUCCAAUUUCAGCAAAGUUUUCCGGAUGCGACAUAAGUGAUCCAAAGCAGCUGCCAGUAGGAUGGUGAUUC